CCUGUCGGCAGGAGAUGAUCUGUCAAAUGCGAGUUUCUUUGAAUAAGAGCUACCAGUCCGGCUCCGAGCGUCAUGGCGACCGCAGCGUCUAACCACUACAGCAUCCUCACCUCCAGCGCCUCCAUCGUGCACUCGGAGCCCGGCGCCAUGCAGCAAGCCGCGGCGUACCGGGACGCGCAGAGCCUGUUGCAGAGCGACUACCCGCUGCAGAGCAACAGCCACGCGCUGAGCCACGCGCACCAGUGGAUUACCGCGCUGUCCCACGGCGAGGCGGCGCCUUGGUCCACCAGCCCGCUCGGCGCGGACCAGGACAUCAAACCCGCCGUGCAGAGCGCCCGGGAGGACAUGCACAAUUCCAGCAGCAACCUGCAGCACCAGUCGCGGCCGUCCCAUCUCGUGCACCAGAACCACCACGACGCGCGGGCGUGGAGGACCACCACGGCGCCGGCGGCGCACAUCCCCAGCAUGGCGACCACCAACGGCCAGAGCCUCAUCUACUCCCAGCCGAGCUUCAGCGUCAACGGGCUGAUCCCGGGCAGCGGCCAGGGGCUGCACCACCACAACCUGAGGGACCCUCACGAGGACCACCACAGCCCGCACCUGAGCGAGCACAGCCACCCCCCGUCCCAGCAUCAGCACCAGCACCGACCGCAGAGCCACCACGACCACUCGGACGAGGACACGCCGACCUCGGACGACUUGGAGCAGUUCGCCAAGCAGUUCAAGCAGAGGAGGAUCAAGCUGGGCUUCACGCAGGCGGACGUGGGACUCGCCCUGGGGACCUUGUACGGGAAUGUCUUCUCCCAGACCACCAUAUGCAGGUUUGAGGCCCUGCAGCUCAGCUUCAAAAACAUGUGCAAGCUGAAGCCUCUGUUGAACAAGUGGCUGGAGGAGGCCGACUCCACCUCGGGCAGCCCUACCAGCCUGGACAAGAUCGCCGCACAGGGGAGGAAACGGAAAAAACGGACCUCGAUCGAGGUCAGCGUCAAGGGGGCCUUGGAGAGCCAUUUUUUGAAGUGCCCAAAACCUGCAGCGUCGGAAAUAAUCACCCUGGCGGACAGUCUGCAUCUGGAGAAAGAAGUGGUCAGGGUUUGGUUUUGUAACAGGAGACAGAAGGAGAAACGAAUGACGCCUCCCGGAGGAGCUCUGCCGGGGAGCGAGGACGUGUAUGGGGACACGCCGCCCCACCACGGGGUCCAGACCCCGGUUCAAUGAACCCCUCGGUUUUUUGUUUUUUGUUUUUUUUUUGCUCUUUAUUUAUACAAAUCACUUAAUAGUGGCUCUUUUAUGUAUCAUAGACUGCAGUGAGGAGGAAAGCACCUUCUUCUAAAGGAACUAGAGGAACAUGUUGUUGUGUUCUGAGGAGACCAGCCCAGCACUGUGAGUCCAAGGUGCAGACACCAUUGUGUCAAGGAAACAACAACACAUGGAGGAUGUUGUUGUUUGCAACACAAAAAACAGCAGGAUG